AUGAACGAUGAUAUGUGUCGACAAGUAUUUAUUAAAAACAUUCCAUAUGAAAUAGACGAUGACGCUUUGUCAGAAUGGUGUUCUUCAUUUGGUCCAAUAACUAAAUGUUCCUUAAAGCGUGAUAAAUUGGGAAACUCUCGUGGUUUCGCUUUUAUUACAUUUGCCAGCAUCGCUGGUCACGAUAACAUAGUGAGUAAUGCACCACAUUAUUGUCUUGGUCGUCUUUUACUUGUAAAACCAGCCAAUGAGGAAACAUAUUCCAAUGAAAGUCAAGUAAAUUCUUCUUUAGAUCCACCAUCUCAAACAAUAUCAUCUACAAAUGAUAAUUUCCAUUCAACAACGAUAGAUAAUAGUUUUAUUUAUGAUGAUGUUAACGAUAAUCGUUUAGCAUCAUUACACGAUGAGCUUGAAGCUAAUCUUGAAUGUAUGCAAAUAGCCCAUGGACAUGAAAUCAAAGUUUUACGUGAUAAACUUGCACGUGAAAAAAAACUAAAAGCAGAUGCCGAAGAAUCAUAUAAGGAAGCUGAAGAAGAUUGGAGUAAAGUCAACGCUGAAAAUAUUCGAUUACGAACAAGUUUAAUUAAAAAUGUUAUGCAAACAUUUAAUAUACGCAGAGAUUUAGCACGCCGAACAAAAGAUCAACUUAAACAAUGUGAACAAGUCGAAAAACAAUUUCAAGAUAUUCGAUCAAGCCGAAUGAUGCCCACUAUAAACAAAGCACUGAAAAAUCAAACAUAUAAUAAUACAAAAACAAAAUAA